GACGUUUCACUUCCGAGGUUCAGGAGAUGAAACAUUAGCAUCGACUAGCUUGUCCGCUUCUACCCAAAGCAGCGGGGACGGUUUUUCCGCCGCGAGCCCAGCAGCCCGCUUUCUGCGCCGUGCCGUUCGGCGGAAAAGCUAGAAGAUAUCAGAGAUGUUUGCUUCAGCUUUUGGUACUCCUGCCUGCAGCUCUGGAGCAUGGAUUCGGCCUGCUGCGACUCCACGGUUCAGGUGUGUUUCCCAGGGGCCCGCGCUGCUGUCCUGGACAACCUGAACCGUCAGCGGGAGGAGGGCCAGCUCUGCGACCUCUCCAUCCAGGUUCAGGGGCAGGUAUUCAGGGCCCACCGCUGCGUGCUUGCUGCCUCCUCGCCGUACUUCCACGAUCAGGCCCUGCUGAAGAACGUCACCACGGUCUCCCUUCCCUCAGUUCUGGACCCAGUAGCCUUUGAGAGCGUCCUCACUUCUGCCUACACAGGCCAGCUGAGCAUUGUACACGACGACAUUGUCCACUAUGUGACCGUAGCCAGCUUCCUUCAGAUGUGGCACAUUGUGGACAAAUGCACAGAGAUGCUGAAGGGGCCCCGCCCCUCUGGGGACGGGGGAUCUGCGGCUCAGCCUGCAUCUCGGCAGCAAUCGCCCAGCAGCACAGAGAGCCUGUAUGUGGAGAGGGAGGGCCGCCGCAGGGACAGGAGGCCUGACGCUCUUCCCCCUUUAGCCACCUGGAGGCGACCCCAGCAGCUGGCACGGUGGGCCCGGCCGCGGGCCUCGUCAGCCCAGCACAUGGCAGACUCCCAGCUGGACGGACCCCCAGGUUAUGCGGAGAGCGUCUUCAGCAGCUGUGAGGAGGCACUGGCCUCAAACCACACCGUGGGGCCUAACACCAAUAGCAGACUAUCUGGAGGGGGCGCAGUUGAGGCUUCAAAACUGAAAGGAAGGUGUCAUCCAAGGGGGGGGCAGCUGACCACAGAGCGACUGCCUGAGAAGGAGGGCGAAGAGUCACAGAAUGGAAGGAAGAGCGAAAGAACGGAGACUGAGGCCGAUGAAGGAGUUGGGGAGGACGGCGAGGCGAGGAGGGAGGCUUUAAGUCACUGCGAAGUCCAUGCAGUUUGCAGAGGACAAGAGGAGGUGGGACACACUACAGGGAGGCACAGAGACCAUCUGAGGACCAACCCCCCCUCUGACCAUGGUGGUGUUCACUGCUCUGGGGCAGGUGAAGAAGCCACGGGUCCAGAGGCUCCAGUUUCUGCCAGACUCCAGUGGCAGAUGGAGACCUGGUCUGAGCAGGACCCACGGCAGGAGGGGGGGAGCAGGAGCUGCUGCAAAGACGAGAAUGACGAGGAGGAGGACUUUGAGGGCCUCACUAGUGGGGGGAACAGCAGAGACGCAUACAAUGACAUUACCCAUAGGGCUUUGCUGCCUGUGUCCCCCGACUUCAGCUCAAAGGCGACCUGGCCAUCCGGUGGGGAGGGGCAGAGUGGCUCUGUGACUCCCACAUCCAGUCAGCAGCAAUCCACAUCAUCUGCAGGAUUCCCACCCCCUCCUUCACCCCCGACUCCAUCCUCCUCCUCCUCUAUGUCCCUGGCCUCCCCCACCUACUCCGGAAAAGUGCACUUCUGCCACUGCGGCAAGGCCUACACCCUGAAAAGCAUGCGGGACCGCCACGUGAAGAUGCAGCACCUCAACCUGCGCCCCUUUGGCUGUCCCGUCUGCUCAAAGUCCUUCAAGAUGAAGCACCACCUGACCAAGCACCUGAAGACCCAUGGGGGGGUGCAGCCGUAUGAGUGCACCCUGUGCGGGAAGAAGGUCGUGUGGAGGGAUAGCUUCCUGAGACACCAGGCCCGCUGUGGGGGGCUCCCUCCCGACCGGGGCUCCGACACGGACAACAGCUACACCUGCGGGUUCAGUGAGGGAGGGGCUUUUCUCCCAACAGGACAUGUAAAGGUGGAGGAGACAGACUUUCACAGGGAAGUGGAGGAGGGGAUGGGGCAGCUGCUAGACAACAUGUCUGGGAUUGUGAACGAGCUGAGCGUACCCCCUGAGAGCGUGGACUCUAAUGUUCUAAAGGAAGAGGUCACAGAGGACUUCAGUGGGAGCUAAGCUUUUGGGGGUUGGGAGGUUGAGGGGGUCCUGAAGCUCCUUUGAAGCCUGAAGGUCCACAUUGCACUAGUUUGACCUCGCUGCUCCAUAGCUCCAAGCUGCAGGAAGUCAGGCCAAGAAUGACAGGAGUCAUAUGGAAUUUCAAAAUAAAAGUCCCUGAGUGGAAACGAUGUUCAAGAAAAACAAAUGGUUGUGGUAGUUUUAAACAUCUGCAUGUUGUCCUCAAACAUUGUCAUGAACUCCAUCUGAAGAUUUGCACACGCUGUAUACAAGUUUUUGUUCAGGCGUGCAUGAGUUUGUGUGAAUGUGUGUUGCAGCAUUUUCUCCUGUGGAAUCAAUAUAAACAAAUUAAAUUUUUUUCACUUAAAAAUUAAAAAGAAAAAGCAAUUUUUAACUCAUCUCGGUAUUUUUCUCUCAGCUCAAUUGGGUGUUUUGUUCUGAAUGUUUGUCAAUCCUCUUCAGGCUCCUUUUACAGCCAAACCCCACAUGGUCUGUGAUCUUGUGUUUCCAUCCUGCAGCAGUCCCUGGAGUUGUUUUUCUUUGCACUGGAGUCUUUGAAUAAAAGUUUACACAAAUGAAUAA